ACAAUGGUCAAGGAGAAGAAGCCAAAGAAGCCUAAGGUGACUGUGGCCGAGGCCGCGGCCAAGAUCAACGCCGACGAUCUUGCUGCUCAUCUUGUGGAUGUCUCGGGUUCUUAUGAAUCGCAGCAAGAUAUUCAGCUGAUGAGAUUUACGGAUUACUUUGGGAAAGCUUUUUCGGCGGUCAGCGCAUCGCAAUUCCCUUGGGCGAAGUUGUUUAAGGAGUCGCCGGUGUCAAAGAUCAUUGAUGUUCCUUUAUGUCAUAUUUCAGACUUAGUCUAUAAAACCUCAGCAGAUUGGAUCUCUCAAAAAUCCGCCGAUGCUCUUGGUAAUUUUGUUUUAUGGUGUCUUGAUAGUAUCCUUGCCGAUUUGGCAAAUCAACAACCGGCUGGUAAAGGCUCAAAAAAGCCUGUUCAACAGCCUUCAACGAAAUCUCAGGUUGCAAUCUUUGUUGUUUUGGCAAUGACCUUGCGGCGAAAGCCAGACGUUUUAGUUAGCAUUUUGUCAAAAUUGAGGGACAACCCAAAAUAUCAAGGACAAGAGAAGUUUCCAAUAAUCGUAUGGGUUGUUGGUCAGGCUUCUCAAGGAGACCUAGUUUCUGGGAUGUAUGCCUGGGUUCAUUAUCUGUUGCCUUUGAUCUCUGGAAAACCUAACAUCAACCCACAGUCGAGGGACUUGGCUCUGCAGUUGGUUGAGAGAAUUUUGUCAGGACAAAAAGCUCGGUCUAUCUUGCUGAAUGGUGCCGUAAGAAAAGGGGAGCGCUUGGUGCCUCCUUCUGCACUUGAUUUGUUGAUGAGAGCAACAUUUCCUGCUCAAUCUGCUCGAGUCAAGGCUACAGAGAGGUUUGAGGCGAUAUAUCCGACUCUCAAGGAGCUGGCCCUUGCUGGUUCUCCAGGUACCAAAACUACAAAACAGGCAUCACAGCAGCUUUUGCCUUCAGCUGUGAAAGCAAUGCAGGAAAACAAUCUUGAGUUAGCGAAAGAAGCUGCUGAUGUAUUCAUCUGGUGUUUGGUUCAAAAUCCAGAUUGCUACAAGCAAUGGGAAAAACUUUACUUGGAUAAUGUGGAUGCAAGUGUUGCAGUUCUCCGCAAAUUAUCUGAUGAGUGGAAGGAAUAUUCAAUCAAAUUCUCUCCUUUUGUUGCUCUGAAGCAGACACUUAAGAACCUAAGGACAGAGAAUGAGAAGGCCCUAUCGGGGGCUGUUGAUGCCAGAAGCCAAGCAUCCAUUAAAGAAGCCGACAAGCUCUGCAAGGUGAUUUUGGGUAGAGUAUCCCGUGGCUCUCGAUGCAUUAAGAAUGGAUUACUUCUGCUCACGGUUGCAGUUGCUAUUGGAUUUGCUGCAUCCUCAAAUUUGGAGUCAUGGGACUUGAAGAAGCUCCAGGCUAUGGUUAGCAGUUCCCUUCAAUCCUUUUGAAAACAUGGCUUAAAAAAGAUGGCAUAAAAAAGAGUAAGAGAGUAGCCAAACUUAUGUUCAAAAGUCGGUCUCUAAGAAAGAGUCCAUGAUAGUUCAGCUCCCUGUAGAGAAAAUUAGUUUAAGGAACUGUCUGAAUUGUGCAAGUUUGUUGAGAAAUAGUUAGGCUGCAUAAUAUGUUGUUAGUUUGUUUUCGGGGAUUUUCAAAGUUUAUAUACCCUAGUUGUUGUGUUGCUUCUUUUCUCUAACUCUGAGAUGUAAGUUUUUCCUUAAUUUAGUUGUUCCUGCGGUGUGAAAGAUUCAAUAAAAUUUCUUUUCGAUAA